CAGAAUCCGUGCAGUCGAUCUCCUUGUGCAGAAGGUUCAACCUGCAGACCAAAUUUUUCUGCUGACAACAGCUUCCGAUGUAUUUGUCCACAGGGAUUUACAGGAACGACAUGCGACAUAGGUAUUAUCAAAUAUGAAUAAGACUGGAGAAGAAAAGUUGAUUACAAUCGUUGGGUAUUUUCGUUUUGCUUCAACGUGGAUUUUUUUCAGUGUGAUUUUGUGAGGAAUGUUUCAGCUGAAACCCAAUGAAUUGACUUGUGCACAGGUAUAAGAAGGUAUAGCAGUAAAAGCUCAUUUUCUUUUUGUUCAAUUCCGUCGGUCAUCACAACGAUAAGUUCGAGUUCUUUCCUUUUGACUGACUUAUACUAAAGGCUACGGUUCAUGUUGUCUUUGAGCAUUUAAGGAUUUAAGGAUAUUUCCUAGCCGCGUUCUAAAGAAGUGCUUGGGAUAGAAUGGAAAUUAUUUCAAAUAUAACGAAGAAAUUAAAUAAAGGUAGGUUUGGCAGGUCAUCUUAUGAACAACAACAUUAAUAUUUCUCUAAAAUGUUACUUCCUAAGCUGCGGCAGCUUCUAAAGGUUAUGAUCCAGAGAAUCCAGCCAUUUCAUGUGAAGAUGUCCUAUUAAACAGACCGUAAGUUUAUUCAAAUUAUUUAAUAGAAUGUUUUAAAAACGAAAGAAGGGUCUGGAAAAACUGAAAGUAAUUGUGCAACACGACAAUCAAAGCCAUGUGAGAAGCAGAAAACUGUACAUACGAUCAUAUUUAUGAUUUGUGUCCAAGUUGAGUUAACCUCCAUGUCAUCCUUGAAUUACAAUGAAAAACACAGAUAUGUCUCAUUUCAGUGAGUCUAGAAGUGGUGCUUACUAUCUCAACACAGAGCAGGGAGGGGUAGCUCACACGUAUUGUCAUAUGGAUGUUAUUCCUGGCUGUGGGGGAGGAGGAUGGACACUAGUGAUGAAGAUUGAUGGCAACGAGGUUGGUAGAAGUAAUAGUUUCUCUUUAUUUCCUUCCCAUUUUAUACCUUGUAACACAUGAUUGACGAUGUUGUUAUGAUCAUGUCGAAAUAUUUCGACAGUUUUCUGGUAAAAAGAUAAUCGUUUGUCCAUCUGAAGUCGCCCACCGGUAAAUUUCCCAUCCUAGUGCUAAGUCCAACAUUUUAAAAGUGUUCCCAUUUCAUCAAAGUUCCUAUUAUUUUUUUUUAAAUAAACAACAACAACAACAACAGAACAAAUCAAGGUCAAAAAUUGGCCUUAAUCAUCGAGUAAUGAGGUGCAUACAUUAUCUUGUGUUUCUUCCAAAGGAUACUUUCUCGUACCAUUCGAACUACUGGAGCAACAAAAACCUGUUUAGUGAAAUUUCGGGCGCAACUGGAUUUGACCACGAGGAAACAAAGAUGCCGAGCUACUGGAGUAACAACUUCACUCAAAUUUGCCUGGGAAUGAGGGUCGGCGAUCUAACAGAAUGGCUAACUAUCGACAGGCAAGCAAGCUCAUUGCAUUCAUUAAUUGCAGACAACAAUCACAAACCGACAAGCCUUGGCCGAGAUAAGUGGAAAUCGCUUAUAGAUGAAUCCUCUCUUCAGCUGAAAUGCAACAAGGAAGGUUUCAAUGUGAAGUCUCCGACUACAAGAAACCACUCGGCUCUUACUAGAAUUGGGAUUAUUAGCAACAACGAAGAAGACUGCAAUUCCUGCAACUCAAGGAUUGGAAUUGGCUCGGGUGGCACUAGAGGCGGAAUGGAUGGUAACAACUCAUGUGGAAAUGAGGCAGGCCCUUUCAAAUCAGACAACGGAGCAAAGCACAUUAAAGCUCACUGCUACAUCCUUAUUAAAUAA